UGUCGCCAUUUUUUGUGCAAACCUUGUAAACAUACGAAAGUCAUAGGAAACUUAAACAAUUUUACUUAUUGGUAAUUUAUAAUCAAUUAACCACCAAUUGGAUACAUUGCUAAUAAUCGCACAACAAUAAAUUAUUGUAAUUCAAUUUAUAUUAAAUCAAUUGAUGUGAUUAUUCUUCAAGUGACAGUUCAUUAGGCUGGAUUGAAACCUGGUGCAACCGAAAAUGUUUGCAUUAAUAAAUCGUAUAUUGGACUGGUUAAAGUCAUUAUUUUGGAAGGAAGAAAUGGAAUUGACUUUGAUUGGACUUCAAUACAGUGGGAAAACAACAUUUGUUAACGUUAUUGCCUCCGGGCAGUUCAGUGAAGACAUGAUACCCACAGUAGGCUUCAAUAUGCGUAAAAUAACCAAAGGGAAUGUCACCAUUAAAAUAUGGGACAUCGGAGGGCAGCCUAGGUUUAGAUCCAUGUGGGAGAGAUACUGUAGAGGAGUUAAUGCUAUCGUUUAUAUGAUGGAUGCCGCUGAUCCCGAUAAAAUAGAGGCUAGUCGUAACGAAUUGCAUAAUCUCCUGGACAAACCUCAGCUAUCGGGUAUUCCUGUUUUAGUACUAGGCAAUAAAAGAGAUCUCCCCAAUGCUCUAGAUGAAAACGGUCUAAUAGAUAGAAUGAAUCUCUCAGCAAUUCAAGAUCGCGAAAUUUGUUGCUACAGUAUUUCUUGUAAAGAAAAAGAUAAUAUUGACAUAACCCUUCAAUGGCUUAUAGCUCAUUCCAAAGGUAGUGUUCGUUAAAUUAAUUAGAGUUAUUAAAUUUUUUUUUUAAAUCUUAAGUUUAUGAAUGGAAACAAAGAAAAAAAUUGAAAAUAAUUCGAAACUUGUGUUAUCAAUAAUAACCUUUUAUCAAUUAUGCAUAAUAAAUAAUAAUAAUAAUGAUAAUAAUAAAUAAUAAUAUUAAUAAUAAUAAUAAUGAUGGUAAAGAAAAAAAAUUUCUUUGAUAAUACGCUUCUUUAAAUCGAGUAUAUAUGCUUAUGUAUUUCUUUGAUAGUCUAGACCGAUAUCACUAAGAAAAUCCUCUUUUAUAUUUUCAUUAAAUUUUUUUUAUUGUAACUCCGA